CCGACUUGGACCAGUUGGUGUGGCGGGCAAUCUUGCUCGAUUAAGCAUUGGCUACCGACGAUUGGAACCAACAAGGACGCCCUCAGGUUAAUCCCCAAGCGCACGAAGACGCUCAACGAGGGAGGCGCUCCCCAGCGAAAGGCGUAUCGUAACAGAUACACGGAGUGUGACGACAAAAGGGAAGUAUUUUCCGCUGACCAAGAACGAGGAAGAGAAAGACGAAGGGGCGGGAGGAAGCACGAGACAUCCUCCGUCCAAGAGCCACAAGACGGAAAGAAGUGGUGCGAUUGGCACCAAAUCACUACCCAUGACACCACUUAGUGUAGUGAGUUCAAACCCAGCCUCAGAUAUCUGGUGCCGGGAGACCUUCGAAGCUGCCUUAAGACACGACGUCCACAGACCAUUCCCAAGAAACGCGGGAGGGAUUCUGUAGUCCCGAAGUAGACAAAGCAAGAAGCUCGAGAAAAGAGAAGUCCAGUUCCCCUUCCAGAAACAAAGUCAUCUCUCCCCAGAGGCAGUCUCCCGCCUACAGACCCCCGCACAACGAUGACGACGGAAUGGAGAUCAUAACCAUCGCGGGAGGCAGAAAGCAGCCAAGAUCGGAGGGAGACCGCAUAGCCCACUACCUCAGCACCCAACGCAGAGUGCCAACCGAUGUCACCUUCUUGUCGUCCGAAUUGGCCAAGGAAGAAAACACAGAAGACCCCUUUGUCAUCUCAUUCAGAACCGCCAAAUUCAAGGUCACCCGGGCCCUCAUAGAUAACGAGAGCUCCGCUGAUAUCCUCUUUUACUCAGCGCUCAAAGGCAUGAAGAAAAGCGUUCAAGACCUCAAUCCCUCCAACACCAACUUGGUAGGGUUCCAAGGAACAAAAGUUCGUGUCCUCAGAUCAAUCACACUCAAGGUCACCAUAGCCGCAAGGGGGAUCACAAAGACUAGACCGGUGGAGUUUCAUGUAGCGGAUUGUCCUCGGCUUACAACGCCAUCCUGGGACGCGAUUUCCUUUCAUCAUUCAAAGCGGUCGCGUCCACAUGCCACCAGAUGUUGAAAUUCCCUAGUGGAGGACAAACGGGGCAUGUCCGAGGCAACCUAAAAGAAGCCAAGGAGUGCUAUUAAACGACCAUUGAGCAUCUCGAGGUCGAUCUCAUCGACGCAAGAGGGAAUGCCCCUCGUCCCGAAGCAGUCGAGGGAAACAUAGUAGUCGCUCUAAACGAAGAGCGACCGGACAAGACGGUACGCAUUUCGGCACACUUGGCUGCAAAAAAGCCAUAGAAGUUGC